UUAGCCCGAAGAAUAAACACCUGUGAGCGUUGCAAUAGUUCUGAGCGCACCCGCGUGAGGAGAAGGGAGCGCGCGCUCAUCUCAGCCCUGUUUCUGUUUGUUCCAGUCAGGCUCCGGAUGCCUCUGAACGCAGGAAACCACGACCCGGUCCAGGGCAAAGCUCUGUCGGACGCCGAGGAAGCCUCUGAGACGACUCCUCUGCUCCCGCCGGCUUCCGUCUACUCAUGGCAGCCUCUGACCAAACAGGAGCUAGAGGCCGCGGCGGGAAGUCCCGAAUGGAGAGCGACACGUCAUUACCUGGUGCUGGCGUUCUGGCUCACCUGGGUCACCAUGCUGGCCGCCGCCUGCACCAUAGUGGUGCUCAGUCCGCGGCCGGUACCGACCUGUCUCAAAUGGUGGCAGAAGAGCCUGUUCUACCGGCUGCAGCCGGAGCUGACUGGGUCAGAGGGCAACAACGCAGUGAGUGAUCACCUCCUCCACCUGCAGUCUUUGGGUGUAGGAGCGCUGAUCCUGGAGGGUGUGUUUCAUAAAAAAGCAUCUCUAACAAACCUCAGCACCCCCACUGAGAACCUGGCAGCGCUGGCUCAGAUCCAGCAUCUGUUCAUGGAGAGUAAAAAAGCAGGUCUCAGAGUGGUGUUGGAUCUUUGCAAAGCGACUUUGCUGGAGCUUGAAGAAGCAGCCUGGAACUCAGACAGGCUGUCAAACUAUUCAUCUGCAGAAAAGCACGCGUUAAGAUUCUGGUUGGAGCAAGGCGUUGCGGGGUUUGUCAUCUGUGACACAGAUGAAGCGUAUUCGGAAGAGACUCUAUUAGAGUGGAGAGGUGUACUGGAAGAAUUCGGCCACCGGGGUGUCAAAAAGAUUAUAGUGGUGAAACAGACAUCAGAUGUUCUGCGUCCAAUACGUGGCUCCAACAACGUUACGCUCGUGAACAUGGUGUUGAAGUCCAUCUUGCCAAAAUCCCAUCACCAUCUGUCUGCUGAUGAAGUGGUUCAUGCUGUAGAAGCAUGGCUGCAAAUGAGCCCAGAGGAGGCGUGGUCGGGCUGGAGCAUUGGAGGUAAAGUGUCUCAUGAACUGAAGCGGUUACUGCUCGUACUGAUGAUGACUCUGCCUGGAUCACCUGCUCUCCAGCAUAAGGACAUUAUCAACCAGACAAAGAGCCAGAAGACAGAACACUCUGCCACUGUCGCUCUCCUCACCACUCUCAGCCACUCCAAAGCCAAAGAAGAAGCUCUCCUCUACGGUAGCUUCACCUUUCUCCCCGUCAACGGCUCCUCCAACUCUUCUUCCAACUCCUCUUCCUCCCCCGCUCCAGUCUUGGCCUUCCUGCGCUCAUGGGGCUGCGUUCAGUUCCUCAUUCUGCUGAACUUCGGCUCUGAUUCUUACACUUUGGAUCCCGCUUGGGCCUCAAGUCUGCCUGAGAAGGGGGUAUUUGUGGCGAGCACGGGGAUGAACCACUUAGGCUCGAUGAGUCUGUUCUCGUUCAAUCUGCAGCCUCGUGAAGCCAUUGUGGUCAAACUGUUCAAGGCUGGAAGCUACUCGUAAAGCUGCUGAGUAAAUAAGUCGUCUUCUCAAAGACAUAAAAACAUGGGAAUCAUUUUUUAAAGUUCUGACUUGUGUACUGAAAAUAAAUUGUGGCAUAAUU